AUGGCUUUAGAAACAAGCACCACUGCUCAUGCUGUCCAGAGACAUAUGCAACCUGGAUCGACAGAUGGUCGAACCAUUAUGGUGGUCUCCCUUUCCAGUUUUAUGAAUGUAGUCUCAGUAAAACUGGAUUGUACUAACUUCCUGCUUUGGAGCUCUCAAACUACACCAUCUCUUAGAGGGCAUCAUUUAUAUGGUUAUGUGGAUGAAUCUUUUCCUUGUCCUCCACUCUUCUUGGAAGAUGGCAGUAGCCAAGGAUCCAUCCGCAGUAACUCGGAUCAUGUAGCACGGGUCGAACAAGACCAGUUGAUCAUAAGCUGGUUAUUAUCUUCAUUAACAGAGCCAGUUCUGGCUCAAGUAGUUGGUUGUAAGACAUCCAGAGAGGUAUGGGAUCAACUUCAUGUUCUCUUUUCUUCUACCAGUAAAACUCGAAUCCAUGAUUUGAAAUUAGAAUUAGCCUAUCUGAAGAAGGGUACUCUCACUGUCACUGAUUAUGCUCAUAAAAUUAAAAAUUUAUCUCAUGCUUUAGCUGCUUCUGGACACUUUCUCACUGAUGUUGAUCAAAUUCAUUAUCUUCUUGGUGCGCUUAAAGCGUCACUCUUCACAAUUGUGCUAGAUUCUCCUUCUGCUAAUUUGGCCAAUAAGAAGAAAACCUUCAAUCACAAUCAAUCAUCUUCAUAUAAGCCUCGACAAUUUAAUAAUGAUGGUGGUUCUGAAAACUCCAAGAAAAUUUCCUAUAAUAACAAUAAUCACAGGAGACUUCAGAUCUUGGGAAUCCUGGCCACUGUGGUUUGCCAACUUUGUGGGUAUCCGGGCCAUACAGCAGCUACUUGCCACCGUUAUCUGGAACUCACUGCCAAUAAGCCUACUAAGCAAGCUCAUAUAGCCUCAUCUUCACGAUCUGCUCGUGAUGAAAAUUGGUAUCCUAAUUCUGGAGCAACCAAUCAUAUGACUUCAGAUCUUGGGAAUCUCUCUCUUCACGAUGAGUAUCAUGGAACAUAUCAUAUCCUGGUCGGAAAUGGUACGGGUCUAGACACUUCUCAUAUUGGCUCUUCUGUUUUGAAUACUGAUUCUGGGUCCAUUGUCUUGAAUAAUAUUCUUAGAGUUACUAAUAUAUCUAAGAACUUGCUCUCUGUCAACCAGUUUUGUAAGGAUAAUAAUGCAACUUUUAUUUUUGAUGCUACUGGCUUCUCUGUUAAGGAUAAAGCGACUAGGAAAAUUCUCAUCCAAGGGCCGAUUAAGGGAGGGCUCUAUCAACUAAAGACAAAUUGUAUAUCUACAGCUCCAUCGGCAUUCAUUGGUGAGAAAGCAUCGGUUUCUGUAUGA